AUGGACGACAGCUGCGCGGUGUGCGCGGACGCGCUCGAGUGGGUGGCCUACGGGCCCUGCGGCCACCGCGAGGUGUGCUCCACCUGCGUCGUCCGCCUCCGCCUCGUGCUCAACGACCCCCGAUGCUGCAUCUGCAAGACGGACUGCCCCUCCGUCUUCGUCACCAGGGCCAUGGGGGACUACACCAAGGUCAUCCCCGACUUCUCCGCCCUGCCCGCCGACGCAAGGGAGGGCAAGGCGGGGCAGCACUGGUACCACAAGGAUACCAAGGCCUACUUCGACGACGCCGAUCACUACAAGAUGAUACGGGCCAUGUGCCGCCUUUCCUGCAGCGUGUGCGACAAUGCCGACGAGGAUCAGGCCGGCCGCGGCCAAGCACAGCGCGGAGGCAGCAGGUUCGAGACCAUGGGUCUGCUACAGGGGCAUCUGUCACGUUGCCAUGGGCUGUACAUGUGCAGCCUCUGCUUGAAGGGGAUGAAGGUGUUCAUCUGUCAACAGAAGCUCUACACCAAGGACCAGCUGGCUCGGCACACGCAAAAGGGCGACCCUCAGGUGGAUGGCUCCGAGGCUCAACGCAGCGGCUUUGCGGGGCACCCCAUUUGCGAGUUUUGUAGGAGGGCAUUCUAUGGAGAUAAUGAGCUCUACGAGCACAUGAACAGAGAGCACUACUCUUGCCACAUAUGUCAACGGCGGCAUCCUGGGAACCAUGAUUAUUUCCGGAACUACGAUGAAUUGGAGGUGCAUUUUCGUAGAGACCACUUCCUCUGUGAAGAUGAUGCCUGCUUGGCCAAGAAGUUUGUUGUCUUCCAGAGCGACGCCGAGAUCAACAGGCACAAUGCUAUGGAGCACGGCGGGCGGAUGUCUCGUGCCCAGAGGAAUGCCGCGCUUCAGAUACCUACCAGUUUUAUGUACCAGCGGAAUGAGCAAGAUCAGAGGCGUGGCAGAGGCAGGGGCCGUAGUGCUCACUUUGAUAGACAUGACAGUGAUUUCUCGUUACCUGUGGAUGGCAGUGCAGCCGCGGAUCAUGGCCUUGGAAGUCGACUUGAUAGCGCAAGGGGUUCCACGAUGCUUGGUGAUGAAUCAUUGUUCCCUCCAUUGCCUGGGUCAAGUAACAAGUGUUCUGCUUCAACACAACAGGGGCUGCAAGGUCUUUCUAGGGAGACACUUGCAUCAAGGCUUCAGAAGGGCACCAUGAAGGUAUUAUAUUCUGGUCGGCCUCGUACUGCUGAAAAUCCUGAGAUAGUACCUCUUGUUUCCACUUCCACCCAAACAUGUCCUACACCUGAGCCUGAGCGGAAUGGCAGUGCAACUGCAGAGCAUGGCCUUGGAAGUCGGGUUGAUAGUGUUACAGGGCCUUUACAAUCAUUGAGUGUCAGUUCGGCCAGUUCUGUUCGAAGCUUAGGGAAUGGUCGCGUGCUGGAACAAUUGUCUUUUCCUCCUCUUCAAGGCCAGGAUAUUCGUGGUGCUAGGAUGGAUGAUGUACCAGAUGAAACCUCGCUUCCUCCCCUCUCAGAGCAUCAAUCAAGGUAUGAGCUGGCUCUUAAUCGGAGCUCAAGGGGUUCUGAGAGGCUUGGUGAUGAACCAUUGUUCCCUCCAUUGUCCGGGUCAAGUAACAAGGGUUCUGCUUCAACGCAACAGGGGCUGCAAGAUUUUGCUAAGAACACACUCGCAUCAGGGCUUCAACAACCUAGGAAGGGCACCGUGGAGGUACUAAAUUCUGGUCGGCCUCAAACCGCUGAAAAUCCUGAGAUAGUACCUCAUGUUUCCACUUCCAGGCAGACAUGCCCUACACCUGAGCGGGGGCGGUGUGGCAGUGCAACUGCAGAGCAUGAUCUUGGAAGUCGAGUUGAUAGUGUUGCAGGGCCUUUACAGUUAUCAAGUGUCAGUUCGGCCAGUUCUGGUGGAAGCUUAGGGCAUGGUCGCGUGCUCGAACAAUUGUCUUUUCCUCCUCUUCUAGACCAGGAUAUUCCUGAUGCUAGGAUGGAUGCUGUUCCUGAUGAAACCUCGUUUCCUCCCCUCUCAGAGCGUCAAGCAAAGCAUGCACUGGCUGUUAAUCAGAGCUCAAGGGGUUCUGCGAGGCUUGCUGAUGAAUCAUUAUUCCCUUCAUUGCCUGGGUUAAGUAACAAGGGCUCUGCUUCAACACAACAGGGGCUGCAAAGUUUUGCUGAGAACACAUUUGCAUCAAGGCUUCAACAACCUAGGAAGGGCGCCAUGAAGGUACCGAGUUCUAGUCGGUCCCAAACCGCUGAAAAUCCUGAGAUAGUACCUCUUGUUUCCACUUCUCCCGAGAAAUGGCCUACACCUGCUGACCAGGGGCUACAUCUCUCUGGCUCUUCUCAACUUCGGGUUGCAACUCGGUCAACAAGAGAUAAUGGGCCCAUGCCACCUGCCUCCAGCGGUUCAGCAUGGAAUCCCAGGGCUCCAAACAAGAUGAAGCACUCUGUUUCUACCCCUAAUUUUGUUUCUGCCCAGGCAUCAAGUAAAGCUUAUGGCAACAAAAAACAACCGCCACCACAAAGCAGCCAACCUUCGCCUGUUGCGGAGGAUGUCCGGCAAGCGAACAACUCCCUUGUGGAAAGAAUGCACGCUGCAUUGGGAAUGGAUGAUGAUAAGUUCUCUGCGUUUAAAGAAAUUGCUUGUGAAUACCGUCACGGUGUCAUUGGCACUUCAGAGUACCUCUCGUAUGUGGAGCAGUUUGGUAUAUCGCAUCUUGUUCCUGAAAUGGCUAGGCUGUUGCCCGAUCCUCUGAAGCGGAAGGAACUUGCUGAUGCCUAUUACACCAACACGCGCUUUAAAAGCCUCCGAGAAAAUGGCAGUUGUGAAACCACUACCUUGAAAGAGAAAUUGCUUCAGGAAGGAGAGGCUGCAGUUCUUUCGAAGGAUGGGUAUCGGUCUUCCAAGGAAAGAAUCCCACUAUCAGCUGGAGGGUCAUCCUCUGGUGCAAAUAUGGGUCUAGACGGUGAUCCAGUUGCCAUUUCAAAGGCGUCUGGAGGAAGCAGCAGCAACAACAACAGUAAACAAUCAAAGAAGACGUCAAGGUUUCUCAGAGCUCGGUUGGGCGACAACUCAUUGGCCAUGCUUGAUUUUAGCCAUCCUGAUGAUGUGAACCCUGAAAGAAACGUUUGGAAGAACGGUGCGGCGCAGAAGCUCUUUACCGGCAAUGCAAAGAAAUAGCAUCAUUUUGUGCAGAUCAAGUUUGAUGCAUCAGUUCAGCUGGUUGGCGGUGAAUGUGCACAUUUUGUGAUGUGUGUUUGGCUGCUUGAAGGUGUCGUCUAUGUAGAAGGUCGCUUCGUUUUGUACUGAAUUUUUGCUGGUGGAAAACCUAAUUGAGGAUUGAACUUGAAAUAGUGCUUCAUUAGUGUCGUGUUGGUGGCUAGCUAUAAAAUUAUCUAAGUGUAGACUGUA